GGAGAAUGGUAGUGUUGUUGACCUUGGAUACUAAAAAUUAUAGAGGAAGAAAAACCUGAAUAAAUAAAGAUUUUGACACAAUUUAGUAUAUCAAAAAGAUCAAGAUGUCACAAGACAUAAGUGAGACAACUCUGCCAAGCGAUGCCUUUAUCCAGCAGGCACAUCAACUCGUCGAUGAUGUCAUUGACGGCGCCAUGAAACAACUGGAACACGAGGUCCUUCAGAGAUCAAAAACAUUAGACACUAUUGCAUUUGAAUCGCGUGAAUCCACAGCAAUAGAGUUUGAGGACUAUGAUGUUCCUAAUAUAGACUGGUUGUCGAUUGAUGAGUUCAGUGUGGAAAAAGCGGAGGAAAAAAUAAACGACUUUAUUCAGACUUGGGAGUAUGAAGGCAGCUGGCUCUACUGUAUAGACUACCUGGGUGUGGACGAACAUCAGUACGACUACCGACAUCGGUACCGUGUCCGAUGGAGCAUCCCGACACGACGUAAACCAAUACCAAAGGCCACAGCUUCUGUCUACUUCACAUUCCAAAUCUCAAAAAUCAAACCAAAGCACUAUCCCAUAGAUGUUUAUUACGUAUUUGAAACAAACCGAUUAGUACACCGACCAGGCCAGUCACGAUUCAGAGAAUUAUGGUUAAAGAAUAUCAUUGAGAGUAAAGCUAUAAUGAUGCUCGCUGUGGACUUCUAGGAUGGGCCGAGUAGACAUGUGAUGUGAUUGGAAUGUUUGGAGGGACAAGAAAUGACUAAAAUUCUCUGGAAAAUUAUUCCUGUGAACAAAAAACUGGGAUAGUUGUGAUCAAAUUGAAAAAUGCUGUGUAUAACCUCAUGAUGUGUAUUUGUGCCACAGAAUUUUGUGAAAUGAGUGAGGCUUUCCUCAUCCCAUUGUUAUUGAUUUAAAAUCAGCAACAUUGAAAAAGAUCUGUCCAUUCUGCUUUGGUUCAUUCAUGGUUGUCAAGUAUUUUCUCUAUCCUGAAUUGUACAUUCUGGCAAUAUGACUUGUAAAUAGUAUUCUAUUGUUCCACUGACUCUGUAAAGUAUUCUCACGUGCUGUCACAAAAGAUAAACAACUUUAUAGGCUGUAUGUCCUAUAAAAUGCGGGUCUUGAAAAUCAUGGAAAAUGGUGUCCAUACUGAAAUGUAACUGGUGGUACCAGUAUAUACAUGUAUGUAUCAACAGAGUACAAGAU